AUGCUUGUUACAGCAAAAUUGACUGGUCCAGUAAAACCACUGGACGAUUCCACCCCGGAAAAUAUUCGUUCUUCUCCUUCUCCAGUUCGAUUAAUACCACAUUUUAGAUCACAUUCACCACAUAUUGCUCAAGAAUCAACAGUUGUUACAGAUAUUGAUUGUUUAUUGACCUUUCAAAUACUAGAUGAUGAUGUGCAACAAUUUAUCCAUUCAUUUCUGUUGCAAGACGUAAAAGCGUUGUACAAGCAUGUUACUACUGAACCAGCGUCAAUUUUGGUUCGCUAUGGUGAAUGCUUUUAUCUCUUAAAAAGCUGUAUACUCAGUUUAUUUAUACGAAAACAAUUGCACGAUCGUGGUACACACACAUCAAACACCAACCAAACUUCGAAGUGUUUUCAUCUGAUCGAACCUGUGAGUUUGACCGAUGAUUUUGGGACAUGGCAAUACAAGCAUUUUCAUGACAUAUUCGACUUGGAAUUGUCACCACAUGGCACCAAUGCUCAAUUUCCUCCUCGAUGGAAAUUAGCCGAUGAUGUGCGUAUUCACUGUCUCAUACGUAAUGAUAGUUUCACCGGAAUAAAAUCUUCAUCAUCGUUGAAGGGAAUACCACGUACAGCAUCACUCGAAGCGUUUGUACACGAUGUAUGUGCUCAUGAAAAUAACGGUCAAGGGAACGCAUGGCUUCUCGAACUACAUAAAGAAGAUAUACUCACAUUUGAGCAUUUAGCCAAUUUGCGACAAUCAGAAUGGGACAACAUCCGUAAGUUAUCCAUGAAUGCUAAAAAAACAUUAAAAGCAGCUGUUGAUUGUGUACGAGAAAAUGUGGCUGAUGAGCGGUAUUUACAUGGAUCAUAUGAUUCAGAUCAAGAAGAUGAUGAGGAUAUGAUGCUUAAUACUACAAGCUAUGCACCUUAUUCACGGUCGGAAUUACUAGCUAAACUUCACUUAAUUAAACUUUUUAUCUGUUACACAUUACGUGAAAAACGAGCUUUACGACGUCUCGGUGCUUUGCCCAAACUCGACGCAGCAUGUUUAAAUAAAGUGUUCAAUGAGAUGCGUGACGAAGGAUUUGCCGAUGAUGGUUUGUUCGAUAAAAUGGCAGAAUUCUUUCUUCCGUUAACCAUUUCAGAGCAAGAAUUAUGCAUAGAAGGUGAAUUGGACACACAAAAGCGUCAAACAUUAACGAAAGAUCGUGAAGAAUUAUUUUCUAACAUAGAAAAACAAAAGAAAGAGAUUGAUGAACAAAAAAUCGUUUAUUGGACAUAUGAUGAGCAAUACCACUCAGCACGAAAACAUCUCAAUGAUGUCAGAGAGUGUUAUUUUCAAAAGCGAUCAACGACCACUACAAGGACCAAUGACGGGCAACAACAACAGCAACAAGCACAAGCAUUGCAGCAAUUGGAUCGGCAAUGGCAUAAACAAGAAGCGGAACUCAUUGAGAACAUUAACGAAAUAAAACAACUGAUAAAGGAUCUUGGAAAAUUCAUUGCUGAGUUGGAUAUAGAACUUGACAAGAACAGUGCACGUCUGGAAAAUAUAGAGACAGAACUUACUGCUUCUCCCAAAUAUGUUGACAAACGCCUUAUUAAGCCUGCUCGUGGACUUAUUAUGUACGGACCCCCGGGUACAGGAAAAUCAGAAAUUAUCAGUAAAUUAGCAGCAAAAUUAGGCAUCGUGACUGUUGGUCCACCACUGGCUGCCGGCGAGUUAAAUCGUCCACUUGUUGGAGAAAGUGAACGAGUAUUAAUUGCCUUAUGUCAACGAUGCUAUCGAGUUCCGUAUGCCAUGUGUUGUAUAUCAAUUGAUGAAAUAGAUUCAUUAGCACCAAAACGUGACGAAGAUUCAAGUGAAGGCAAAGUCGACAAGAUCUCCGUGCUUCUAUCACUAAUCGAAGGCAUUAAGGAUGUUCCAAAUCUAAUGAUUUUAUGCGCAACUAAUCGGUUGCAUAUGAUGGACGAAGCAUUUUUACGUCGAAUGUCCGGAAAAUUUUUUGUCGGAAGACCAUCAUCAGAUGCACGUAUCACUAUUCUUAAAUCUAUACCAGAUUGUGCUUUAAAACCUGAAAUACUUGAUCGUCUAUCAGUUGCUACAACUAACUUUAGUGGAGCAGCUGUCAGAGCAUUGACUCGAAGUAUCACUGUUAAAUGUAUUGCAGCACGUCGUACUAAUCGAAAUUAUCAAGUAGAUUAUAUUGAAGCACUGGAAAUAGCUGAUCGUACUGCUCAGCAAUAUCAAAUCUUGUUUGCUAGUGAAACAUUACCACGUCUUCUAUUACGUAAUUUACUCGACGGUACUCGUUUUCAUAUUCAUCAGUUAACCAAUAACUUCAUGUAUACUGGACGAAUUGUAGUAGAUUUAACCGGUGGUUAUGUGCGAAUAGAAGCGAGCAUACAACGUGCUGGUGCAAACAAUCAUCAGCUGUCAAUCAUCGAACAUGAACUUCAUUCAAAUGAAACGAAUGUUAAAGCAUUACUUGAAAGAUUGACUUCCUAUGGAAAAAACCGAAAUGUACAGCUACUUCAGCUAGUCGAUCUGAAUCUAUUAGCUUCACAAGGUGCUCAUGACGAGAAAAAAGUUUUUGAAACAUUAAAAGAUCGUUUUGACGAAUCUAUUGCUUACACUCGUUCAAUGAUCGUCUAUGAUCUCGAUGCAUUAGUUGGUGUGAAUAAAUCUGAAUCGGAUUCAACUAUGGGACGAUCAACGUCAUCAUCUGUUGUUAAUCAACAUAUUUAUACUUAUGUACGCUCAAGAUUUCUUGAUUGUAAUAUAGAAUAUGAAAAAGGUAAAUCCAUUGACAAGAUCGAACGAUGGGCUGUGGCUAUUAUUCGUGAACCAUUUUUAUUACGACAAUUUUGCGUCGAUGUUAAAUUUACUCGUACUCGUCAAGAAGAGGAAGAACUCGAAUUGGAACGAAGCAAAGCAGAAGAUCUACUUAAAUGCAUUAAAUGCAAAGAUUUUUAUAUUGAGAAUGACAAUAAAAUGGGUAAAAGAUUUGCUUUCUAUUUAAAUAAUCUUAUACGUCAAAAGAUUAUUCUAGGUCAAUGCGUUCAUCAUGAUGGAUAUAUAUAUGACAAUUCAGCGGCUGAUUUGACUAAAUAUACUCCAAGUGAAGCAACACAAUUAUUGAGCAAACUUGAAUGUGAUACUAUCAUUGAUACGGAACGACACGAUGAGCUCGAAAGGCAAAAAGGUAAAUUUAAAUGGAUUUGUUGUGAUGCAGUGCUUGCUAGUGGCAAUACGGGCGGCUGUAAAAAAGGGAAACAUGGCUUUCAAGUCAAACAAAAUAAUAAUUUACAAGACAGACGACAAGCUGAUACCACAGUUGAUCGCUUGGCUCCAACAACCAUCGAGGAAUGGGAGCAGGUGUGUCUGAACAAUGAAGACUACAAUAAUAAAUGGCUCAUGCUAUUAGCAAGCCGUGAUUAA